ACUGAAACUCUGCAUAUGAACAUUACGGAUUACAACAUGACGCUUGACCCCUAUGGGAGAUUUGUUCUCGAAUUCCCUAUCGAGUUUUAUCCCCUCUAAUCUUGCAGGGCUGUGUACUCUACCAGUACUUGCAUAUGGUUUGACAACCAUUUUACGCGGUGUGACAUGGUUUCUGCAAGCUCGCGAUUUCUCCGUGAUACAUGUGGAGAUUACUACUCCUUGGGACCUGUGUAAUAGCCCAGACAAUCAUUGUGUGCAAGAUACCUGGUUCUCAGGGAGAUUCUGAAGGCGCAGAGGACCGACCCGAAAUAAUCUGCGGUUCCUCACGACAAGGCGGACUGUUCAAGUUGACCAUGACUUACUAUGCACCUUCCUCGCUCAUCAAGUCGAUGUGUUGGGCUUCCUUUGGUUAUCUUGCCCGUUGUGUUCAGCCAGGCCAACGCCAAGUCUCAAGGGGCCUGUCAUUGAAGAGCAGCAGCCCACGUGCGUCCAAAAGCCACUAUCGCCAAGCAGGAGCAACACGUACAGAUGGGAAUGUAACCUGCCCGAUCCUGUGGUUACAGAGUUACGUACCUGCAUUUUAUAAUGCCUACGACGAUGGGAACUUGGGUAUUUCCUGGGAAAGCACGAUGGUAUAUGUAAGAUGCCUGACUCGUCACGAAGGUGAUGGAAAAGAAGUCAGACUUGAUGAUGAUCAAUUGAUUGAUGAUCCGGGAGAAGAACUCCCGGGAUCUAGACACUCCGUGUCUGACUAGCCGAAUAUAUCCUGGAGGACAAGCACCUGCCUGUCAUGCUGCCUGAC